CACCACCAGAGCGGUUUCGGCGAGUUCCUGCGUCUCCGCGGCCGGCUGGAGUUUGGAGUCGGGCUCUGCACCCCAGCACCCACAGGCUCCGACCAUGGACCGGGAGACGCGCGUCCACGCCGAACGCCACUUCCGAGGCCUCCGAGACGGCGUCCCGGGCGGCGGCGGGACCCCGGGCCGUGUCGCCUUCAUCCAGGCGCCCGAAACCUUCUCCUACGCCGACUUCUUCAGGGGCUUCCUGCUGCCCAACCUGCCCUGCGUGUUCUCCCGGGCCUUCACCGAGGCCUGGGGCAGCCGGCGACGCUGGGUGACGCCCGCGGGCAAGCCCGACUUGGACCACCUGCUCCGGAAGUACGGAGAUGCUCUCGUUCCCGUGGCAAAUUGCGGGGUCCGAGAAUACAACUCAAACCCCAAGGAGUAUAUGGUCCUGCGAGACUACAUCAGCUACUGGAAGGACUACAUCCAAAGAGGCUACUCUUCUCCAAGGGGCUGUCUCUACCUCAAGGACUGGCAUCUGUGCAGGGACUCCUCAGCAGAAGACGUGUUCAUCCUGCCUGUGUACUUCUCCUCUGACUGGCUGAAUGAGUUCUGGGAUGCCCUGGAUGUUGAUGACUACCGUUUUGUCUACGCGGGGCCAACAGGCACCUGGUCACCGUUCCAUGCAGACAUCUUCUGCUCCUUCAGCUGGUCUGUCAACAUCUGUGGGAGGAAGAAGUGGCUGCUCUUCCCACCAGGACAAGAGGAGGCUCUGCGGGACUGCCAUGGUGGCCUACCUUACGAUGUCACCUCUAUGCUCCAGCACUGCAGUCCGCCCCUUGAGAUCAUCCAGGAGGCUGGAGAGAUGGUGUUUGUGCCCAGCGGGUGGCACCACCAGGUGCACAACCUGGACGACACCAUCUCCAUCAACCACAACUGGGUCAACGGCUGCAACCUGGCCUCCAUGUGGCACUUUCUGCAACGGGAGCUCUGUGCUGUGCAACAGGAGAUCAGUGAGUGGAGGGACUCCAUGCCAGAAUGGCACCACCACUGCCAGGUCAUCAUGAAGUCCUGCUCAGGGAUCAACUUUGAAGAGUUUUACCACUUCCUCAAGGUCAUUGCUGAAAGGAGGCUCCUUGUUCUGAAGCAGGGGGCAGAAAGAGCAUCAGAACAUGACCCGGACACAGGGCUUGGCCUACAGCAAGCUGCAUUUGACAUCAGCCGCCUUACAGAGGUGCUAGCCUCUGUCAUCGCACACCCUGACUUCCAGAGGGUGGACACUGGUGCAUUUUCACCACAGCCCCUGGAGCUGCUGCGACAGCUGGAGGAGGCCAUGGCCGCCGUUGCAGAACUUUAGCAUUCCUGGAGGAUGACCGCCAGUGUGCAACCUCCCUGCCCAAGACUCCCCACCCACCCUCAUGGCCUGGAAAAUGCCCCUGUGGAGCAAGAAGAGCUCUUCUCUGGAAACCUGACAUGGUCCUGCCUGCCCAGGGCUAUUUUAUGAUAGUCCUAGGCAUGGGUCCUCAGUGAGCACUGAGUCCUACUUGCUGUGAUGGUGCCUGGGAUUGGGGAUGUUGGAUCAUGCAAGCCUGCUGGCAGUCAGUGGACAGCUAUGUGACUGUGUUUCUGAAGAGUCUCCUGACUCUUGGUGAAGGUGAGGACUCCUGAGUGACAGAUGUCCAGCCUGGCCUGUCACCCGACAUAGGUGCAUUACAGCUACCCUCCGUCCUGACCUCAGCUCCUGUUGGGCUUGGUGCCAUGCGUACCCAAGCUAGUGUGUGAAGCUGGACAUUGUGCUCCUGUAGUUAACAGGUGGCAAGGUCACCAUUGUGCCAGGGAGUGUGGGUGUUCAACCUCUGAGCAGAUCUAGCACCUGCUUGGUAGUGACUGAGCGUGGCAGUUGCAACAGGAGGAUGGGAGCAGAGCAGGAAUGAUAGAUGCCAGAUGCUUGGUCAGUUUUCCAGGUGCCCACGUUAGCAACUGUACCCUCGGUGCUUCAUGGUUAUGAGGAAGACGCAAGCAAGUACACAAGCCGUGCCUGGUCUGUGGGGUCAGGUGCUCCUCAGGGUUUCAGGUGGGAUGGUAGAUGGCCACAGGGCAGCACCAGGGGCUAUUCAGGGGCCAGCUGAACUCCUAUGUCCCUCAGUGACUGGGACACUGGUGGUCUAGCAAAGUUCAAGGCAGCAAAGUAAAAUAUUAACACUGUCAAGUCAUUGAGUAGUGUUAGCAGUUGUUUCAGAGCCUGUAUCAGCAGUAUUACCUGUUGAGUCUACACCAGUAGUUCCAAGGUGGUCACAGGUGCCAAGUGGUGUCCCCUGAGAAGCUGAGCUUGUAGGUUGUUGGGGACUUGGUCCCUUCCUCAUGUGGAGACAUCUCACAUGACUGUAUGGCCCUGAGCUCCCAACCAGCAGUUCUCCCUGGGCUAGGC